AACCAACAAGGAAUCUACAGGUGAACUUUAACCUGUGACGUAACCAACAUGGCGGACGGCGGGAAAAAAUUCAACAUUCCGAAUCUAGACGACGUGUACCAGGACACGAACCCACCGGUUAGGCCUUUGUUCAGACCUGGAAAGACGGUAACAUCCACAUUCAGAAAAGGACCUGUUGCUGCAACCAACAAACAACAUGCUGCAACCACCAGUACAACCACACUCAGUUCUAAAAACAACACAUCUCAGGACUAUCUUACCAGAACUAGCAAAACUCGUCAUCCAGCAACUUCAACACGGCAAGAACAAAAGAUUCCUGAUGGCAUCACAAGCACAACCAAACAAAAUACUAUAGCUACAAACCACACAAACAAAAGGACUUCAAAAGAUGCAGUUUCAGAUAGUGCUUCAACAAGUGGCAUACCGUCAAAGGUGUCCAAAUAUGACACCGUACCAUCGACAAGCAAUGAUGGUAAAGACAUCAAGCUUGCCGGUGGUACUAGAGGUCCCAGUGCUGGUAGUACUACUAGUACUGGGUCGACAUUUCUGGAUGUAUUUGGACUUCCGGACAAAGAACUUCUAGGGGAAGCAGGUGCACAGCCAAAGGCAGCACCACCGGUACCUGUGUUGAGAACAAAAAAGUCCAACAGUAUCAUCAUUAAUCCAAGACAGAAAGGGAACCCAGUCAUCAAGAAUAUCAGGAAUGUUGCCUGGGAAUUUGGGGACGUGAUUCCAGACUACGUCCUCGGGAAGACUUCUUGUGCCUUGUUUCUGAGUUUGCGGUACCACCACCUGCACCCAAACUACAUCCACGACCGCCUGCAGCAGCUGGGCCGCAGCUACAUGCUCAGGAUACUGCUGGUACAGGUGGAUGUGGCAGACCCUCACUACUCACUGAAGGAGCUGGCUAAAAUGUGUAUCUUAGCAGACUGUACUCUGAUAUUGGCAUGGAGUGCAGAGGAGGCAGGGAAGUAUCUGGAGACAUACAAGGCUUACGAAAGCAAACCUGCAGACCUCAUCAAGGAGAAAACUGACAAGGACUACCUCUCAAAGGCCACAGAUUUUCUGACCAGUAUUCGGUCAGUAAACAAGACAGAUGUGUCCACACUUGUUACGACAUUCAGGUCCAUAGAGGGAAUAAUACACGCAUCUAAAGAAGACCUGGCUCUCUGUCCUGGCUUUGGACCGCAGAAGGCCAAGAGAGUUUACGACGCCUUGCAUCAACCCUUUCUGAGGAGUAAAAAACCCAAACCAGCUGAGCAAAAUUAACUUCAACUGAAUAACAAUAAUCAGUUUUGCACAUUCACAAUACAUACAUAUACAUAAUGCAUUUACAUAUAGAAUACUGGACAAGAUCUGUUACGAUCAGAAGUAUAUGUAUAUGAUGAAUCAUAGGUGAUAUAUGAAUUGAAUUCUGUGCCUUCUACAUUUGUACUUCGUAAUGAACAUAUAAUAAUAAAUAACAUUUGUACUUACCUAGCUAUAUAUAUAUAUAUAUAUGUAUGUAUGUGCCUUAUAAACUGUUGUGACACAUGAACAAGACGUUUAUAAUUUAUGAUUAUACUUUUUAAAGUACUUGCAGACUACAUUACAGGCCCAGGUUUAUUGUAUCAAACCGAAGUACAUGUAUUAUAAAUUUGUUGUUAAUCAUAUGGAUCCGAAACAUUUUUACACUUAAUUUUGUUGAAGUCAAGUACAGUGCAGCUUGCAUUAUGCAAAUGACCGGAACAAAGAAUGAAAAUCGGAAUAUUACAAAAAUGAUGGCAUGUGAUUCAUAAAUUAAUUGAGAAAAGUGCAAAGAAGUGGUUAACUGUGUGAAACAGGGACCACUUGGAUUUGAACAAUAAAGUGAAUAUUGG